AUGUCGAGAGUUCGAGUUGAUAUUAAACAUAUAAUUAAUAAUCAUAUUUAUGUUUCAACUAUGAACAAUCUUACAACAUUUAUUGAUAAUAAUAACAACAUUAGCGAGCAUGAGUAUCAUGAUGGUCCAUCAUUACAUACACGAUUUAUUUUCGUUAGUGCUUGGAUUUUGAUUGCUUUUGCUGGCAUUAUAGGUAAUAGCCUAGUGAUAUUUGUAGCAAUUCGAUUUGAAAAAUUGAGCAAUGUUACAAAUUGUUUCAUUGUUAAUUUGGCUAUUACUGAUAUCGUUUUUCUAGCAUUCUGUAUGCCAUUUCUAGUCGUUCAAUAUACACUUGACCAUUGGUAUUUUGAUCAAAUAUUUUGUAAACUUCUUCAUUUUACUUCAUUUCUCAGUGUUCUUGUUACUGUUCUUACAUUGGUUAUAAUGACUAUUGAUCGAUAUAUUUAUAUUGUACAUCCAUUUGAAAAUGUAAAAUGGCGAAAACCAAAAACAGUCUUUUUACUUAGUUUAAUUAUAUGGUUGCUUUCAUGCACAUUUGCUUCACCAUUCUAUUUUAAUUAUGGUGUUACAAAUGAAACUUACAAACAAUGUGAAUUAUUAACAGAUGAAAAUGUACAAAAGCAAUUGCGAAUAUAUACUGUUACACUUUAUUACUUUAUUCCAUUAACGAUUAUUCUUAUUUGUUACGCUAGAUUACUUUAUUAUGUUUAUUCAAAAGAAAAUAAAUGUAAACCAAAAACGAAAUCUAAUCCCGUUAAAUGGUCAAAACGACGUCGUGCUGUAACAAAAAUGGUAGCCAUUGUUACUCUUGUAUUUUCACUUUGUUGGUUACCUCUUACAUUAUAUAUACUGUCAGCAAAUUUCUUAAUGCAUAGAACAGCUGUUUUAUAUUAUUUUAAAAUGAUAGCAAAUUCAUUGGCUUAUUUAAAUUCAGCUGUUAAUCCAAUAAUAUAUGCAUUUUUAAAUCGAAGUUUUCGAAAUAAUUGCGGAAGUAUUCUUUCAAAACCUACAUGUUUAUCAUUUUGUCCUAAGGAUGGCGAUAAACAACAACCACCACAAGAAGAAUUAUCAAAACAAUUGAAUUGUAAUCCUCAAGCGAAAAAUCGUUAUUCGAAUAUAGAAAAAAAUAUUAUAAUAGAUAACAAUAUGCAACUAUUAUCAAACAAUAUAGUAGCUGAUGACUUUUCAGAUGCUGAAUAUGAAGAACAAGAUCUCGAUUGUUUAUCUCAUGUGAUUAUCAAUAAAAUGGAUUAUAACAAUGAUUAUGCUAGAGAACAUAAUGGAAAUUUUUUAAUUACUACUACAACUGCCAAUAACCGACACGUUACAACAUCUCUGUAA